AUGUCUAGCACAGGCGGCGUUGAAAGAGCAUAUACACCAUUGAAAUCUGGCGCAGAUGGCGCUAAAACAGCGUCUACAUCCCGUCUGCCUGGUGAUGACAGUAUUAAGACAUUGUCUACACCAACAAUUCUGAGCUGUAAAAAGUAUCGACCGUUUACAGUAAGGUGGUUCUUAAAUGGUACUAUCCAAGUGGAGAAAAGCAGUAAAAUUGUAUUAAAAUGGACUGACACAUUCCCAAUACCUGUUCGUGGUUUAGGCAUAAUGACGUCAUAUGGUUCGAGAGGAUCCUGGAUAAUAGAACGAAACGCAGACAAAUUCUUAACGUCAGAGUUUGAAACAGUCAGUCCUAUAGCAACAGUCAACAAUAUAGCAACAGUCAACAAUAUAGCAACAGUCAACAAUAUAGCAACAGUCAACAAUAUAGCAACAGUCAACAAUAUAGCAACAGUCAACAAUAUAGCAACAGUCAACAAUAUAGCAACAGUCAACAAUAUAGCAACAGUCAACAAUAUAGCAACAGUCAACAAUAUAGCAACAGUCAACAAUAUAGCAACAGUCAACAAUAUAGCAACAGUCAACAAUAUAGCAACAGUCAACAAUAUAGCAACAGUCAACAAUAUAGCAACAGUCAACAAUAUAGCAACAGUCAACAAUAUAGCAACAGUCAACAAUAUAGCAACAGUCAACAAUAUAGCAACAGUCAACAAUAUAGCAACAGUCAACAAUAUAGCAACAGUCAACAAUAUAGCAACAGUCAACAAUAUAGCAACCGUCAGCCCUUUUACAAGAAGAACAGGCAUUUCAAUAACUACAGCAAUUUCUCAAACCAGCCAUGUAUCAACCAAUCCUAAAUCGGCACUCAUUUCUACACUAAAGAAUGUUCUAAAAACAACUGCCUAUCCUUUACAAACAGUUGUUUCAAUGUAUACAUCCGCAAGUCAUAAACAACAAACUAUUCAUACAGUAAAACUUUUUCCUAGACAACGACGAGUACGAAAAAAAAGGAUGUUAUCUAUAAGUAUAGGUUUCAUUGCAAACCAAAUUCUAACAACAACAACAAUCCCUACAGCAACAGUUCCAACAACAGCGCAAAUAACAUCAACAACAACAAUCCCUACAACAACAAUUCCCACAACAGAGCAAACAACAACAACAAUCCCUACAACAUCAACAACCACUUCAAUUACAACACUCUCUACAACAACAACACCAAUCCCUUCAACAUCAACAAUCCCUACAACAACAAUGCCUACAACAACGCAAACAAUAACAACAAUCCCUACUACAACGAUUCCGUCAACAACAACAACUCAGACAACAACAAUCCCUACAACUCUGACAACAACAAUGCCUACAACAACGAUUCCUACAACAACAAUGCCUACAACAACGAUUCCUACAACAACAACAACAACUCUGACAACAACAAUCCCUACAACAACAAUGCCUACAAUAACGCAAACAACAACAACGAUCCCUACUACAACGAUUCCGUCAACAACAACAACUCUUACAACAACAAUAACAAUCCCUACCGAGGCAACAACUUCCUCGCCCACAAUUCAUACAAAAACAACAAUUCUUCCUAAAUCAACAGACCAAAGCUCUUCAUCCUCUACUACAACUUGUACAUGCGCUUGCAAACACGUUCAGCAUAAUUAUACUCUUCCCGAACUGCAACAAUCGUUAGCGCCACAGUUAGAGGAAAUAAGAAAUGCUAUUAUGGUAGACGGUACCAGUUUAUCAAAGACGAUACGUAAACGGACAUGCGCAAACGAUGAUCGUACGUCAGCAAAACUAUUAGGAAUGUUUGGUGUUACUGUAAUCACUGUAGUCAUUGGAUUUGUUGUUUUUUGUGAUAUUUCGUCUGCGGCAAUGUGA